CUGCAUAUUUCUGAAUGUAAACAAUCAGCAGCUGUAAAUCCAAACUUUUUAUGCAACAAUGCUUUUUUUUUGUCUUUUCCCUUUUGGCAUUAUCCACCUACCCAUAGUUUUUGUUCAUUAAAAUGAGAGGGUGAGAGUUGCCAAAGUGAGAAAGUUGGAGGAAAAUGGAGAGGAAUCAGAGUGUUGGAGAAACUCAUGUCCUGGUAUUACCUUUCCCUAUUCAAGGUCACAUAAACCCAAUGCUUCAGUUCUCCAAACGCUUAGCCUUAAAAGGCCUGAGGGUCACCCUAAUCGCCACCUCCAAAUCCAUGCAAACCUCCCCGUCCUCCGUCAACUUCGCGUCCAUUGAGUUUGAAGAAGGGGAAACAACGAACAGCGUGGAUGAAUAUCUUGAACUUUACGAAUCACUGAUCUCAAAAAGGCUAGCUAAGUUCAUUGAGAAGAACCAAACUUGUUCUCAACAUCCUGUUAAUGUCCUGUUGUACGAUUCUUGUAUGCCAUGGGCGUUGAAUGUGGCUAAACAAUUUGGGCUACAAGCAGCUCCAUUCUUCACUCAGUGUUGGGCAGUGAAUGUCAUUUUUUAUCAUUUGAACCAGGGAACUUUCAGGGUGCCAUUGGAACAGUCUGUUGUUUCACUGCCGUCAAUGCCAGAAUUAGGGAUCAGUGAUUUACCAUCAUUCGUUAGCGAUAAUUCAGGGCCAUAUCCUGGUCUAUGCAAGCUGGUCAAAAAUCAGUUCUCAAAUUUUCAGGAAGCCGAUUGGGUCUUCUGCAACACUUGUGAUAAGCUGGAACAUGAGGUUAGCUCCAUUCAGACACUUAUUUUUUCUUCUCCUUAUCCAAAAUCAUUAUUGGUUGUUCUUUGAGGCUAUUAUUUUUUGUUAAUUAUUUUUCCAUGGAAAACUAGAACCACAGAUUGAAGAUGCGUCCGUGAAACUUCCAAUGGGCAUUGCCUUUUUAAUCUUUUAAAAGCUUGAUUUCUGGGUUGGGUUGGCAUUAUGGUUUGUCUUUUCUUCUAUGUUUUGCCUUUUUUUUUCAAAUGUACGU